UUAUAUUGACCUUACUUCAGUGUUUAGGUGAGGCAGACUGCGAUAAGUCGGAACCAACAUUUAAUCAAUAUUACAAUCUGAUAAUAUAGUCCAAGCAUGCGGCCGGCAUUUGUUGUUAUAUUGGUGGUAUUACUGAAUCAGUGCGAUGCGAGUGAAUGGAGACAAGUGCACACCGCGCAGGGAGAUGUGCGCGGCCGCAAGGACCCUGAUGGUGGACUGUACAGCUUCUACAAUAUACCGUAUGCCACAGUACCUACAGGACCCGAUAAGUAUAAGGCUCCCCUGCCAGGGCCGGUGUGGGUAGAACCACUUGAUGCAGUUGACAAGAAGAUAGUAUGCCUGCAGCCUGUAACCCCAUUUAUGGAUGUAAGUUCCACCAAUAUGCAAGAAGAUUGUCUCGUUGCCAAUGUAUUUGUCCCUGACACCGAAGAAGAGAACCUUCCUGUAUUAGUAAUCAUACAUGGAGGAGGGUUUGAAAUUGGAUAUGGGGACAUGAUAUCACCUAAAAACUUCGUAAGGACUAAGAAAAUUAUUGUCGUCAAUUUCAAUUACCGUCUUGGAGUACACGGGUUCUUGUGUCUGGGCUCGAAAGCCGCUCCAGGUAACGCUGGACUGAAGGACCAAGUGGCUCUACUACGCUGGGUCAAGAGAAAUAUUGCCAAUUUUGGCGGCAACCCUGACGAUGUUACUGUAUCAGGUGGUAGUGCUGGUAGCAUGUCUGCCCAUUUGUUGGCACUGUCGAAGUCAGCGGAAGGACUUUUCACCAAAGUCAUACCAGAAAGUGGGGCCGAUAUAUCAACUGCUGCUUUUCAGUUAGAUCCACUUGAUAACGCCAAAACUUACGCUAGAAUGCUUAAUUUUACUGAUGUAGAUGACUUUAAGGCUUUAGAAGAAUUUUAUAAGAGUUCGUCUCUGAAAUCAAUUAUAGUAAGUGCGUUUGCUAAUAGGCAAAAUGCAACUCUUUUAUUUGCACCGUGUAUGGAAAACGGUAUAGAUAGCCAAUUUAUUUUUAACGAUUAUCCAGUUAACAUAAUCAAGAAGGGUAAAUAUAAAAAAGUCCCUACUUUAAUCGGCGUCGGCAGUAUGGAAGGAACAUGCCAACUACAUAAUUUUGAUUUGUGGAAAGAUGUCAUGAACGAAAAGUUUUCAGACUUCUUGCCGGGUGAUUUGGAAUUUCCAAGUGAAGAAGAAAAAGAGAAAGUAAGUAAAAAAGUAAAGGAAUUUUAUUUCGGAGAUCAACCGGUGGGUGAUAAUACAAUAUUAUCAUAUCUUGAUUAUUUCGGAGACAUUAUCAUAAACUUUCCUACAUGGAGAUCUGUAAAACUGCACGUAGAAGCCGGACACGACCAAAUAUAUUUAUAUGAAUAUUCCUUCGUGGACGACAGCACCCCUGUGGUCCCACACACCGACGUGCGUGGAGCUGGACACUGUGCUCAGACGGCAGCACUGCUUGAUGGAAUACCUUUCGUAUCUGCUGAUGAGAGCAAAUUAUCAGAAGAGUACAAACAGAUGAAAUUGACAAUUAGAGAUAUUUGGUAUAACUUCGCAGUAAACAGGUCGCCUAUACCACAAGGAUCGUCUCUGCCCGCUUGGCCAGCAGCAGGUGCCGAUGGGAGUCCGUACAUGUCUCUUGGGAAAACGAUUCAGUUAGGAGAUGGAACAUAUCUGGGGAAACGAGCACAAUUGUGGAACGAUAUUUAUGAAAAGUAUUACAAAGCGCCAGUACCGCCACCAAAACAAGAACGUAUAGAGUUAUAACUGUUGAAAUAGUUUUGUAUAAUAAGUUUAAAUGAUAUUGAUCACGUUGUAAUUAAUUGGCUAGUGUUAUUCUGUUCGUGAUUAUGAGCUCCAUUCCUGACAUGAAACUAGUCGAGCAUCCUCAUAAUAUUUAAAAAUGUAUUUUAUUGUUGCAAGGUUCUUU